CCCUGUGUUAUUAUUAUUAUUUUUUCAACCUAGGUUGUUAUUUAAUUAAAAAAUUUGAGUGAUGUGAUUACCACGUCACUAAGUGACAGAUUAUUUUGACAUGGAAUCAUUAUUUUUAUCGAGGCAUCUUUAUUUGGAAAUUAAAUGCUCUUUAGUGAUAAGAAAAUGUAUAGUUUACUAACAUGAUGACCUGGCAGCAGACAUUACUUUCAAGCCCUGUUAAAGUACUGAGGAAGACUGUAUGGAUACAUGUGUGAUACAGAAUGUAUAGAGAAUUUAAAAGACUGUCAUUGCAGUCACGCGAAAACUCGCAAUCUACGGGUUCACAGUCAGGGUUACAGGAUAGACUUGAGGAUAGAAAUGAAAGGCCAAAACCUCAGUUGGCGCAUCGAUCGAGCCAGGGACCGAAGGAUCUGAUGAUCAGCUACAGCCACGCAGACAGAGAGAUGAUGAUGAGGAUCAAAGACAAACUAGAAAGUAGUGGUAUUUCUGUUUGGGUUGAUAUAUCGUCCCUUAGAGCCGGGGCUGACUUCCUCAGCAAGAUUGGACAAGCAAUUAUAGAUGCAAAGAACGUGAUUUGUCUGUUGAGUAAAACAUCGGUGAUAUCCAAGUUCUGCCGGGAUGAACUUGCUCUGGGAUACAUCUCCAACUGUGCCAUAUUUCCCGUAUCUCUAGACACUGAAGAAACCCUCUAUCCACUCAUGGACACUGGGAUGAAGCUGCAACUGGCCAGCUAUUCUUGGCUCAUGGUGAACGAUCCAAACAAGAUGGAUGCAGUUUUAGACGAGCUGGUCGUCCUGUUAAAAGAGCAGCUCAAAAGAAAUGAAGAAGAGAUGGAUGGAAACGUAGAACCAUCUGUUAAAAUUGUGCCAAAAUUACAAAGAUUGACUUCAAGACAGAAUCUAAACAAACACCGUAUGAAGCAAGCUGAAGAUGAUAAAACUCUGUCAAUUAUGCCAGAAAAAUACUGGAAUGACCAUUACACUUCGGACACCACCCAGUGGAAGAAAUUUGUGAAUGACUUCAUGUACCUUUACAAGUCCCACUUGGAGACAACAUACACAGCUGCUGACCAAAUCUGGCUCAUGAGUAUCCUGCGCAGAGAGAUGGAAGUUAAUGAUGAUGAUCCAAUUCUCAAAAAGGAAAACUUCCUAGCAUUCUGCCGGCUCGAUGGUGAAGAGUUUCCGCUGUGGACUCGAGUGCAGGAUCAGGCCCUGGAAAGUCUCUCCAUGAAGGGCGUGUUUGAUAUGAAUUCAUCAGUUAGAGUGGAGGCCAUUGAGAAUCUGGGUAAAUACCGAAGUCCUGCAGUUGUCCGGGCUCUCCAUGACCUGCUGACUGACCCUGACGCCAAUGUGCGAGCCGUGGCCGCUGUCUCACUAGCGCGGACCAAUGCCAGUGACAAACACACCAUCAGCUGCAUCAUGAACAUCCUCAACGACAACGACAGACUGGUGCGGGAAGCCGGGUGUCUGGCUCUUGGUCACUUACAGGCCAAACCAGCUGUCAAGAAAUUACUUCAUAUGUGGAGAAAUGAUGUCAUCUCCCAUGUGCGAGACGCAGCGUUUGUUGCCCUGCAGCAGAUAGGUGGCGCUGAGGUGGAGAGAGAGAUGCAUGUCACUAAAGUGUUGGCUGAUGAGAUCAGACAGCUCACAAAAUAAUUUUACCAUCAUGUUUUUUAUGUUAUUAGUGUUUUCCCUAGCUUGUUUUAGCAUGGGACGGCACCAUGCCACAAUAGUUUAACGUCAUAUUGCCUUAACAGUGCCAUGCUGCCUUAAGAUUAAACAAGUCUUUUUCAAUAAUUAAUUGUAAAAUUGCCUUUAAAAACACUCAGAAAAUGUAUUAUUAAUUAAUAAAAUAUGCCUAUUAUAUAUUUUCAUUCAUAUAAUAAAGCAAGCACAUUAAUUACAUUUAUUUGUAUUUCAAUUAUUUUUUUUGUCUUUAAUGGAAAAAAAAGUGCCCUAAAAAUGGUGAAAAUGCCCCAAAAGUGUUUAGUCUUCCAUGACUUGCUAAAUGUCUAGGAAAAACACUAUGUAGUAGUUUAGGAUUCAGAUUUAAACUUAAUAUAAUCAGUGAAACCCCUAUAAACCGGACACUCGUGGACCAAGUAAAAAUUCACAGGACCAAGUAAAAAAUCUGGUUUUAAAAUGCAAUAUGUGAUUUAGAAAGAUUCUAUUCUGGACUAUUCAAAAAGAGACCAUAUAACAUCGGUUUUGAGGAAAUUCCAGUUUACUGAGAGUCCGGUUUUGAGGGAAUUCCAGUUUAGUAAUUACUGAGGGUCCGGUUUUGAGGAAAUUCCAAUUUAUUGAGGGUUCCGUUUUGAGGAAAUUCCAGUUUACUAAGGGUCUGGUUUUGAGGAAAUUCCAGUUUAUUGAGGUCUGGUUUUGAGGAAAUUCCAGUUUAUUGAGGUCCCGUUUUGAGGAAAUUCUAGUUUAUUGAGGCAGUUUUGAGGAAAUUCUAGUUUAUUGAGGUCCCGUUUUGAAGAAAUUCCAAUUUAUUGAGGCGGUUUUGAGGAAAUUCUAGUUUAUUGAGGUCCCAUUUUGAGGAAAUUCCUGUUUUUUUUAGGUCUGGUUUUGAGAAAAUUCUAGUUUAUUGAGGUCCCAUUUUGAGGGGUUUCACUAAUAUAACUAAGGUGGUCGUUUUUACCAAAAUACCGAAUAUAGAGUUUAAUUUAUCAAACAUGUUUCAAAUAAUGUUCAUUUGGGAAUUCAUAGAAGGAUGUGUGAUUUGUUUGUAUGCAUUUCACCAAUGUCAAGAUCGCAAUAUAUUUUUGUUCUGUAUAUUUGAAGUGACAUAUGUUAGUGCUUGCUGUAUUGAAAUAAGUGAUGCAGGUUGCAUAAUGUUCUAAGAUGGACAUAUACUCAAUAAUAAUGAUGCAAAAUUGGUAUUUUAAUUGAAGAACCAAAUUUUUUUCAACAGGUAUUUAUUUCUUUGUCACUUGUAACGUUUCUUAAAUAGCCGUGUAUGUUUACUACUUGAACGCAUCUAUGAUGAUCACUUUACGUUUAUUGGGCCAAGACUGUUUAGAUUUAAGUAUUAUCCAUAUGAAUAUGCUGUUAUGAGAGUGGUACAUGUACAUUUUAUAUACAGUAUGGUCUCAUUUUAGUAUGUGAAACUGGUUAAUAAUUAUUAGUAACUAAUAAACAGUUUUGCAACUGGAUUCUAAAAAGUAGAAUAUGAUCUCAUGGCAAUGUCCAUAUUAUUUAUAAUGUUACGUUACAUUUUGUUUUUAUUAUAUUAUUGUUGUUUCAUAUUAUUUCCAGGGUAUUACAUGUCUUGCUUUUUUAUAUAUAUAUAUUUUUUAUUAUAGUGCCAUAUUUUCAUUCUGUUUAAUUUCUUUUCAUACUUUCAGAAUUAGUAUGUCAAUGAAUCGGUCCAAGCUGAAUCUUUUUCCUUCUAUUUAUCAAGAUAUAUUAUCUUCAGACCAAAGUCAAGGUGUCCUAUUUAAUGGCCUUACAACAAAUUCCUCCAUGUGUACACAUAUUUUAAAAUAAAUAAUUAUAUGAAAAACAAUAGGGUACCCGCACUUACGCAGAUAUGUUCAAACAUAUCUAGUAGAUACAUACACCCACGCGUCCACAUGUGUAUACACACACACACACACACACACACACACACACACACACAGAUAUACAUGUAUAUACAUUAAUUCUAUGAUGAUAUAUAUAUAUAUUAACAAUUUGAUCUAUGUUAGGCAGGCUUACAUCCUCUAUUCGGUGUCAGAGGUAAAUACUCAAUCUCAAAUAAUACUCCCACCAACAUGUGCACACUUAUAACAAUCUUUGGGUGUGUUUUUUUUAUUGUAAUCUGACCUCUAAACUUUAUAGCCAGUCCCCCUUUUUUAACAAUGGACUGAUCUGUACAUCCCAGCAGCCAAUAAUUUUUCUUAUUACUCCAUCUACCUCAUGUAACAUUUUGUAAGGUUAAAACACACACACAAAAAAGACAAAAUUAAAAAAAAUUAAAUUUAAUUGCAUAACACACCACUCCUAUCACUGUCACCAUAACCAUAUUAACAUCAUUUGACCAGCAUUAUUGGGUUUUCUGUUGUGCUUGGGUUUUUUUGGCAAUACAUACUUCCUUUAAUUAAAAAAAAAAUUGUCUAAUAGAUAAAUUGGCCCCAAAUGGGCCCCAAAUUGGCUGUAUUUAGUUUGUGAAUGAAUAUGAGACACUGUUUUGAAAAUGUUAAAUAACUCGAGAUAAAAAAAAACAUUAAAAAAAACUUUCCCUCUCCCUAUAACAUGUUUCAUGAUCCUCCUCCAGAGGGUUACAUAACUGUUAAAUGAUCAGUUUUAGUCCACAUCUUAAAAAAAGGAAAUGGAAAACUGUGAACAUAGAAAAGAAUGAGAGACUAGUUAUAGUAAAUGGGUGAACCUUUGAUACUGAAGACUAUUAUUAAUUAUAAGAAACAGUAAUCAAAAUACAUAUACAUAUAUAUGAAGAGUUAAAUCGCAAAACGUGAUCCAAAAAAACAUCACUAUACACACCACUAUACACACCCAGUCCUGAAAAACGUUUUAUUCCAAACCACCAUAAAUACUACGCCAGUUUCUCUGCAAUCUGCGAUAUAUCCUUAGACAAUCAUAUCGAGUUUUACUGAAAACUGAAUUUGAACUUGUGUUUGUUUACGUGUGAACAGUGUCUGAGUGGUGUUCGCACACUGGUUUUUAAUAUGGCGUUUAUCUCGUUUUGCGAUGAAACUUUAUAUAUAUAUAUAUAUAUAUAUACAGUCAGACCUCGAUACAACGACCGUCGUUACUACGACAUUUACACCAUCUGACCACAAAUUGUCGGAAACAAACGUACAUCAGUGUUAUUUU